AUGGAUAUCGGUACUAUUGUUGAUGAAGUGAUUGAUCAGGCCGAUCUUAUGAGGUUCGCUAAGGUCUAUAUUGACCAAACGACUCGUGGUAGUCCAAGUGCUAUGGUAGUCUUCUCGUAUGCUCACGCAUUGAUCAAAUCGAAUAAAGAAGACGUCAAGAGGGGUAUUCAGCUUCUUGAGGAUUUGAUGAGACGCGAUACAGAGGACGUUUCAAAACGAGAUUACAUCUACUAUCUGGCCAUUGCACAUACUCGUCUUAAGCAAUAUGAUCGUGCACUGGCUUAUAUCGACAUAUUGCUGAGUGCCGAAUCGCAUAAUCGUCAAGCAAUCGAGCUGAAGCAACUCAUUCAAAAAAGAAUGCGAAAUGAUGGGAUUCUGGGAAUGGCAAUAAUCGGCGGAGGUUUGAUGGUUGUCGGAGGACUGGUCGUGGCGGCUAUAUCAGCUGCCAAAAGUAAAUGA